AUGUCGGCCUCCUCCUCCCAAGCUCUAGAAUAUCUAGAGCUUUUGCCUAGGCAAACACACACCAAGCUUUACGAACAGCCUGCAACAGCGCUGGCUGUGUAUCGUUGCAUGCUGCCCCAUUUAGCGAAGUCGAUAGUCAUGGCGAUGCUCUACAUGCCACACCCAUUCUCGGUGGGCGCACUCAACGACUGGUUUCGCCCUUCAGCAAAGAAAGACAAGGAAAAGUCGCUGGCUGUCCUGGAACAGUUGCACAUCAUUGUUCUGAAACAGGACGCCAACAAUCAACGCUCCUACGAGCUCUAUCCGGGAUUUCAACGAUCGCUCCGACAAGCUCUACAAGGUAGCGGCACCCAUCGUUCCUUCGGCGUUCCUGCGAAUACACCCGAUCAGGAUAAGGUCAGCGUGGCCUUUCUGGACGAAUAUGCGCGACGGAAGUGGGAGAACAUCUUGUUUUACAUGGUCGGAAGUACGGUCGGAUUACAAACUGGAAGCCGCGCGGAGAACGAGAUUGGGAAUGGGACAAUCACGCUGCUGAAGAUGGGAGAAUUCAUUCAACAGGCGCAUGGAAGAGUGAGCAUUACAAGAGCAGGUUUUACUUUCGUGCUACAGGAGACAAAUGCGCAAGUCUGGAGUCUGUUGAUCGUAUAUCUUAAGCACGCCCCAGAUCUAGGCAUGCAGGAGACCGAGGUUCUCUCUUUUCUGUUCAUGCUAGGUUCCCUCGAACUUGGUCAGGAUUACACGACUUCCACGCUGUCGCCUACCCAACUGCAGAUGCUUGAGGAUUUGUCUGCCUUUGGCAUUGUUUACCGCUCCUCGAAGAACGCUUCUACCUUCUAUCCGACUCGCCUUGCAGUUACCCUUACCUCUGAUGCUGGUGCGCUUGCAUCCGCAGAGCCAAUCUCUAACGCACUGACUGGCUCGUCAUCCACCCGAAACUCUUCUCAGCAAGGUUUUAUCAUCGUGGAGACGAAUUAUCGUAUAUAUGCAUACACCUCCUCUCUCCUGCAGAUUGCUGUCCUCUCACUGUUCACAAAACUCACGACCCGAUUCCCAAACCUUGUAUCCGGAAAAUUGACGAAAGAAUCCAUAACCCGAGCAGUCAAACUUGGCAUCUCUUCACAGCAGAUUAUAUCGUACCUGAACUCGAACGCCCACCCACAGAUGCAGAAGCAACGGCCCUUCCUCCCCCCAACCGUUAUGGAUCAAAUCAGGCUGUGGGAAUACGAAGGCGAGCGUGUGGAAACGUCGAUCGGGUACUUGAUGAAGGAGUUCCACAGCGAUGCCGAGUACCGUGACCUGGCUAAUUAUGCGGAGAGCCUGGGUGUGCUGGUUUGGAGGAACGAUUCGAGAAAGGUUUUCUUUGUGGAUCGGGUGGAGCAGAUCAGUUUAUAUCUCAAGAAGAAGGCACAGCGAUAA